AUGUGCGACCAGUUCGGCAGCAACCAUGGCCAGUUCUUCUCUGUGAAGGAUGUUCUGAUACCCCUUUCCUUGAUAUUUUUGCCGCUGGUGAUCUGCAUGCAUGCCACGAGUGCCUCCGACUGGGAGGUCCUUGUCAGGGCGUUGUUCAUGUGUGGGCGUCACUGGGCAUCAUUUUGCUGGAAGUACUUGAGAACUUCAUCUGGAUUUUCCGCCGUGGACAUAGAGUGCAUGUAUAAGAUGUUCAUGGCGCUCAUGGCAGUUCGAACCCACAUAGAGGACACACACCGAAUUCUCAUGUACAGCGGAUUGUGGAGCGCCUCACGAGGGUGUCUCGCUGCCUGGACACUUGAUUGCAAGACGACAGUGAGAUGGAAUAUGUUCCUUUCUGCAGUGACGUGCUUCACUUUCUGGACUCGGCGCGAGGAGCUUCGCGCUGACGGAACCUCUUCCAUGGCAGCUUUCGUCCAUCAUUCUACGAUUGAGGUGGUUACUUGUUUGAUGAUCUGUUGCGCCUCGAUAUCCCUGGAGCUUUGCGAGAAGGACCGGGUCAAGGCGUACAUAGAGUCCAGCCAGUCUGGCAUGGCGUAUCGGGCAGUUCAGCGAUUGCUCGGUGUGUUCUGCGACGCUCACCUGCACAUCUGCCCAAACUGUAACAUCAUCUCCCAUUCCCCACACCUAUUGCACUUGCUGGGCUCGGAAGACGGGAGAAGAGGUAUAACAAAUUCUCUUCAUGGAUGCAAUUUCCUUCGGUACGUUUGGGAGUCUGACCAGCAGCGCUUCCAGGACUUCAUCUCGGCGGCGGCGGUGCUGCAGUCGGAAGACUUCUCGCCCAACGGCGUCGCCGCCUCGAUGGCCGAGGACCCGAACUCGGGCAAAUGCACCAUCAGUCCCGCCACCUCCAUCCAGGUGUCCCUGCGCAAGGGGGUGGGCGCGCACCCGGUCCCCGUGGAGCUUUUCUUGACCUACGUUGCCGACGUCAAGGGUGCCCCCGAGUUCCUGAUGGGGAUCCGGGAGACCUGCGAGGCUCUGCCGCGGGAGGCCUGUACGGACGCCCCGGGCACCGUGGCGCUGCAGCUGGUGGCGGCGGCGGAGACGGCGCGCGAGCCUGGUCCCGACGCAGUCCGGGUCGGCGCUGCCCAGCUGGGCCCGAGGUCGUUGGCCCCGGCGUUGGCACCGCUGGCGGGCGAGCAGGCCCACGUCGGCCCCGCAGUGGCGCGGGCGCACGGGAGGGCGCGUGCAGCGGUGGCCCACGCCGGCCGGACGUCCCGCAGCUCCGUCUCGUCGUCCUCGAGGGCGUCCUCCUCGUCCGCGGGGAGCUGCGCGCGGGAGGCGGGCUGCGUCUCGUCCGUCUGCCUGCGGAUUAACUCCACGAGCAGGGGUCUGCGCGUGGAGGACAUGCUGCUGCGCUUCGAGGUCGGGCACCGGGCGCCCCGCCUGAAGGACUGGUUGCCGAAGGAGGUUCUGGACGGGAUCCAGCGGGGCUGCCAGGAGCUCGUGAAUCAAAGAGAGUACGGGGACGGCGAGGAGGUGGCGGCGGACAUCCAAUUUGGGGCGAUGCGGUUUUCCAGGAACGGAUCUACGUUCCUGCUGGCGGAGAGUGCAGAGCUUUCGGUCGAUGGCCCCGCGGCUGAGCCACGUGAUUCGGGCGAGGAAUCGGACUGUUUCAAUCCGACCGUGUACAUGAAGAUGAUUGGGGUGUCGAAGCUUCGCAUGCCUUGGCAGAGCGUCCCGCAGAAGGUCUCGAGAAGUCUGCACACGAUCGACGAGUCAUCGAUGGAUGCUGCAUGUGAUGGCGACGUGCCGACACUCAGACAGAGAACCGGUAGCUUCUAG